GAGUGCGUAUUUUAAACUUGCUGCGGCUAGCUAGGGGAUAUUGACUCGUGCGCAGCAGUAAUCGGCCGGCUCUUGGGCUUAGACGAGGAGAAGUCGGUUGUGAGAAGCGGACGCUGCAAGGAUCGAGGCUGGGCUAUGGCUUUGAGGGUCACCAGGAACACAAAGGUCAAUGCUGAGAACAAAACCAAGCCUGUAAUGGCAGCAAGCAAGCGGGGUGUUAAUGCCAAGCCUGGCUUGAGGCCUAGGGCUGCUUUGGGGGAUAUUGGCAACAAGGCCUGUGAAACUAAGCCCAAGGAGCUUCUGAAAAAGGAAGUACUGAAACCUGCAGUUCUGGAAAAGGUCACCAACAGAAAAGCUGCCCGAGCUGUUGAAAAGGCUCCUGAGCCUCGGAAGGAAGAAAAGCCAGUCCCUGAACCUGUUAAGUUGGACUCUCCAUCCCCGAGCCCUAUGGAGACGUCUGGUUGUGCACCAGCAGAGGAAAUGCUGUGCCAGGCCUUCUCAGAUGUUUUGCUUGAAGUGAGAGAUGUAGACACAGAUGAUGCUUCUGACCCAAAUCUCUGCAGUGAAUAUGUGAAGGACAUUUACAAUUACUUAAAAGAACUUGAGGAACAACAAUCGGUGAGACCAAACUACCUGGCAGGCCAAGAAAUUACUGGCAAUAUGAGGGCCAUCCUGAUUGACUGGCUUGUGCAGGUUCAAAUGAAAUUCAAACUCCUGCAGGAGACCAUGUAUAUGACAGUUGCCAUUAUUGAUCGCUUUCUACAGAACAACAAAGUCACCAAGAAGAUGCUGCAGCUGGUUGGAGUAACAGCCAUGUUCAUUGCCAGCAAAUACGAAGAAAUGUUUCCUCCAGAAAUUGGCGAUUUUGCCUUUGUGACUGAUCAUACUUACACAAACCAGCAGAUCAGACAAAUGGAAAUGAAGAUCUUAAGAUCUCUGGACUUCAACCUUGGCCGUCCUCUCCCCCUGCACUUCUUAAGAAGGGCCUCAAAAAUUGGAGAGGCAGAUAUCCAGCAACACACACUGGCAAAGUAUCUGAUGGAACUCUCCCUGGUGGAUUAUGAAAUGACACACUAUCCUCCAUCUCAGAUCGCUGCUGCUGCCUACUGUUUAUCUGCUAAAGUCCUUGAUGAGGGGGAGUGGACACCAACCCUACAACACUACAUGUACUACACAGAGUGUGCCCUCCUUCCUGUCAUGCAGCAUAUGGCAAAGAAUGUGAUGCUGGUGAACAGAGGUCUUACCAAGCACAUGACUAUCAAGAACAAGUAUACCAGCAGCAAGCAUGCUAAGAUCAGCACCCUUCCAGCACUGAGCUCUGCAGUCAUUCAGGAUCUGGCUAAAGCACUAUUAAAAUAAAAAUACUUUAAUUCUGGGACAAAGCUGGCACCAUGUGUCACUAUUCAUGUAUGUAAAUAUAAAUAUUGUCACCUAAAAUUUUAAUAAACUUUUUCCUUUUACUGUAA